AUGGGUGCCCUCUUCAGCUUACUCAAUGGGUCUGCUGACAACACAAAGUUUGAAGACGAUUGCCGUUCUAUCAUUGGCAUUCAAUCAUAUAUGCUCUUCACAUUGGACAAAUUGAUAUAUAAACUCAUCAAACAGGUAUUUAAUCAUCAUCUGCCUAAUUAACUCCUACUCAUUCAACCAGAUCUUUAAGUUCAUCACCUUAAACACCCCCUAAACCUUAAAUCGUAAACCAAGAUGUCGUCAUUAGGCUCACUUGUUUGUUCCAGGUUCAAGCUAUUGCAUCUGAUGAGACAGACAAUAAGCUUCUUCAACUCUAUGCAUACGAAAGGUCACGCCGGCCUGGACAAUUCAUUGACCUGGCCUAUCAGGAAAAUGCCCACGUCAUACUUAACGACGACAUCGUGUACCGGUUUGAAUGUGUAGGUUUUCAGUACACUCACACCGCAUAA